AUGUCAAAUAAAGAGAAUGUGAACGAAAAACUAGUACCAGAAAAACAAAAAAGUCCUGUGAACAAAGCAAAUUCCAUGGCAUUGAACCAGAUGAAGGAGCAAUUAUCUCAUGAAGUUCAAAGGCGAGAAGAGCUCGAAAGUCAGUUGGAAAAAAGCCAAAAGGAAAUGGAAGACCUUUCAGUUUCUUUGUUUACUGAAGCAAAUGAAAUGGUCGCCAAAGCGAGACAAGAGAGCGAAGUGUUACGGCGUGAACUAGAUUAUCACGAGAAGAUGCAAGAAAGACGCAUGCAAAAGCUAAAAAAUAUACAAUCCGCUAUUCGAACUUCAAUGGUAAACCGAAACAUAUUUUCUUAUUCCUAUCAAACUCCAUAUCAAUAA